GGGCUUUUUUUUCUCGUGGCGAGAAUUUUCGAUUAGAUUGAUUUCUCUCCGGAUCGAUCUUGUUCCUGGAGGAUUUCUUGGGGACUAGAUCUGUGACAAUCCUCGAGAUCGAAAGUCUCGUUCGCGAUGAUAGGACAACACAAGCGAUCGCUCGAGCACUGUGUUUCCUUCCCGCCCGCAAAGUGUUUGAAGCACCAAGACGAGGCUUUGACGCGCAAGAGCGAGGACGAGUUUGUUCUAGAGUCCGGGGGAGCCGAGGACGAGGUAGUGGACAUUGAUCCAUCGGACAACUUCCAGCACCACCACCACCACCACAACCACAAGUUCUUCCAGGUCCGCUUCGACGACUCGAGCACGGAAGCGUGCCUCAAAGGCUCCUCGGAGCCAACCCGGGACAACAGCUCGUCCCAGGAGAUCUCGAGCCUGGAGCUGUGCUUCCCGGUUCAGGAAUCCAGCAUCAGCUCCCCGGCUCCCUCGCGCUUCUUCCAGGCCGCCUUGGAGGGCCUCCUGCCGAGGAUCAAAGGAGUUCCAAUCGGCCCCGACUACCAGGCCGAGGUUCCCCACUGGGAUCCGGACAAGCCCAAGGAGGUGGACGAGGAGGAGGAAGCCUGGAUCGGCGAGAGGGUCUGGCCGCCGGGUUCUCCGGAAGAAAUCCAGAGCUCUUGCGACGACAGCGAGCGCGUAGGGAAGGGUAGAAGCCAGGAGUGUGGCUGCGAAGAUCGGGGCUCGGUGGAGUGCGCGAGGCGGCACGUAGACGAGAGCCGGGGAAAGGUGGCGAGAGAGGUGGGAGCGCUGGUUUACGUCAAGCUCGGGCUGGAGGAGAUGGGGGAGUGUGUGUCGCGGAGGUGGACGGAGCAGGAGGAGAAGAUCUUCGGGGAGGUGGUGAGGCUCAACCCGGCGUCGCAGCGCAGGAACUUCUGGACGCCACUGCGCUACGCGUUCCCAUCGCGGCGGCGGCGCGAGCUGGUGAGCUACUACUUCAACGUGUUUGUGCUCCGGCGGCGCGCGCUCCAGAACCGGUUUGAUCGAGAGAAUGUGGACUCGGACGACGACGAGAGCGAUCUCCCGCCGCCGCCCGAGGAGGAGGACUGGGAGUCGGAGUACACAGACGAGGAGGAGGUCGUGGAGGCGGUGGCUGGAGGAGUACGGGAGGAGGAGGAAGAAGAGGAGGAGGAGGAGCUGGAGGAGGAGGAUGAGGAGGAAGAAGAAGAAGAGAAAGAAGAGCAAGAACAACAAGGCGAAGUUUUGGGGACGACGACCGAGUUUUUGGAAGCGAGUAGCGGUGGUGGUGGUGGUGGCGGCGACGAGUUUGAGAAGUUUAGCUCCAAGGAUGGCGGAGGAUUCGCCAGGGAGGAGACGGAGAAGGAGAUCUUGAGGCUGUCGAGGGCGCUGAGCCAGGGGGAGGAGGGAUGGAUCGCCGGGGAGAUGGAGCUGGCGUCCACGAAUGGAGCAAUGCAGGAGUUUUUUGGGCGAGAGGGCGAUGGGAUCGUGAGCUGGGAGAGGAGCUCUUGAAACAAGAAGAAUCGAAUUGGAGCUCUAUAGCUAGGACAAAGAAGAACUGUGUAUAUAAACCAAAGAAAUUCUUUCAAUAAACCCAAAGUUUGACA